GUUUUUUCCGAAAAGUAGGCCAUACAUCCCAAUAGAAUCAGAAAUUAUUUUACUUCUCUACGCGCUCAAAUUUUGAAGAUAAGCUUAUAUUGUUAUUAUCAGUUUUUCCAGUAAAAAUAAUGCACGAUUUUCGUCUGUUCAAAAGGCAAAGGUAAAAAAGUGUUUUUGUAAGAGCCCACGUUGAGUACCGAUGAAUCAUCAUAUACACUCCAUGGACUAGUACUCAAACUUUGGAAAACGAGGAAAAUCGCCUUUAAAAGUUGUUUUUUUCGAUCAUUAGAUGGCUUUAAUCUCAUUGAGAACGACUUCAUCGGAGAGAACUUGAAAAGAUGCGUCGAAUGCGCAUCUUGUUCUUGUGUGUUGACAUAAUUUUAUGGGGAAAAUACGAUUUAUAAAAAGGGCCUACUUUUCGGAUAAAACGAUUUUUUAAGAAAUUCUCCUGAGGACGUGCUUAGCAUUUUGGAACAUUUUAUGCGUUAGGACUUUUACAGCGCUGCACAUAUAGAUUCUAAUCUGACGACACUAGUUCAUGAAAGUGUUUCGCUAAAAGAUGACGAAAAUGCCCAGAAAACGUCUGUUCUGCCGGGAAAUGGGACCUCCCCAGGUCUUAGAAGACCACGAGACCCUUGUUUUAAAAUUUUUUAAACGUGAUAUUCGUCAUCAGGGGCUCGAGCUGUACUGGUCUAUAACUUUUGAACUGUUGGGAUAAAGUCGAUGUAAACGUGGUACACUUUCAAAAGAAUCACCCCAAUGUGUCUUUGAGCUCAACGAUAUUUUUUUGACUUUUUCAGAGGGAUGCUAAUUUAUUCAGAUAAAAUGGUUGCAAGCAAUAGCUGAGUGUAUGUGAACAUUUGAGUAAUUCAGAGCCUGUUUUUCAUUCAAAAAUAAUACCCAAUGUAUCUGAUGACGUUUUAUUGAAAAACAAAACUUGUAGAUAUCUCAUUUUUGUUCAGGUUGGUUUGGUUUUGCAACAAACAUAGCUGGUAUCAUUGGUGGUCUACUUAUGUCGACAGUAGGCGAUUUAAAGUCUUUUCAACGUUCAUUAAAAUUAUUAGCUGUUUUAUCUUUAAUAUGCUGUUUUAUCUGUUGUUUAUGGUUCCAGUUAUGUGUACGUACAAUGUUUUAUGAACAACCAAUAUUAAAAUCAUCUGUGACAACAAUUGGUAUAUCAUUAGCUCUGACUGGACUAUUUCAAGGUGCAACAACACCAUUAAUUUAUGAAUGUCUAGCUGAACUUAUGUUUCCACUACCAGAAUCAGUAUCAGCAUCAAUAUUAGUUCAAUGGAUUAAUGUCGUUGCAUUAGUACUUUUAUUUGUGGCACCAGGCAGAUAUAAAUUAAUGAAUUUAUUAGUAUUAUGUAUGAUAUUCUUAGCUAUUAUAAUGAUUUUAUUUGUUAAAGUUAAGUAUACACGGAAAGAUGAGGAUGAAAGAAAAAAAUCAGAAAAACAAGCUUUAGAACAGAUAACAACUAACACAUUCAACACAUCUAUUAUCAAUAAUCAACAACAAAAUUAUGGAACGAUACCAUCCACUGCUCAAACUAACUUUAUAAAUUCUUAA